GCUUCCCAUUUCAUCCAUCCACUUCCACCAUCGUCUCUGUGUAUUAUCACUUCGAUUAGCUUUUUUCUUGUCUUCUUACUACUGGAACCUAGAAGAGUCGGUUUCAAUCAUGGAUAAAUUAGUCGCCCAGUACUCGCGUCCACGUCACCAGAAUGAGUUCUACUCGGAGCAAGAACAGCAAGACCUGACAGAGAGCCUCCCUCCUCUUUCUCUGAAGUUCGCUCUUCCUCCAGUUGCAAAUUCCUCCGCAUUCCUUCGUGCCAUGACCGACGACCACUCGAAUCCUAGCUGUCCCAUUAAGCUCGCUCACGGAACAACAACACUCGCCUUCCGAUUUCAGGGCGGAAUUAUCGUCGCGACGGAUUCGAGAGCUACCGCUGGAAACUGGAUCGCCAGUCAGACGGUCAAGAAGGUCAUUCCCGUGUCGCGGUUGAGUCGGGGUGACGACAAGAAGCAGGAUGCUCCGGUCCCUGGUCUACUGGGUACCAUGGCUGGUGGUGCUGCGGAUUGCCAAUACUGGCUGAGAUAUCUGAGUCAGCAAUGCACACUUCAUGAGAUCCGGCACAAGCGUCGUAUCACCGUUGCGGCGGCAUCGAAGAUUCUCGCCAAUCUGACAUACGCUUACAAGGGAAUGGGUCUCAGCAUGGGUACAAUGUUGGCAGGCAUGACGCCUCAAGAAGGACCAGCCCUCUACUACAUCGACUCGGACGGCACGAGACUUCCUGGAAACCUGUUCUGUGUUGGAUCCGGUCAGACCUUCGCUUACGGUGUGCUUGACGCCGAGUACCGCUACGACUUAACUGAAGAGGAAGCCCUCGAGCUUGGUCGUCGGAGCAUUCUUGCCGCCAUGCACCGUGAUGCUUACUCUGGUGGUUUCAUCAACUUGUACCAUGUCAAGGAGGAAGGCUGGGUCCACCACGGUUUCGACGAUAUGAAUCCCAUUUUCUGGAAGACGAAGCUGGAAAAGGGCGAAUUCUCGAACGUUACGUCGGCCCUUUAAGGGCACGAUUCUGAUAAUUCCUGUGGUCGAUAUGAUGAUUAUCUCGUAAUUCCUUUUCCUCUACGCAUUGAAAACUUUUCGACUUGCGGUUGCCGCCAUUGAAAUCUACCUGGUAGUACGAUAUAGGCAAACAGUCGAUGGAAUGAAAUCUAGAAUACAAUAGACGAAAG